UUCGCGCGAUCGGACGGAUUGAUUCCUAAAUUGUUUCUUUCUUCGGGGGAAAACGAGAUCGUGCUGCUGAUGGCGGAAUACAUUAAAAAGUUAAUUACUUAUUGAGGAAGGUCAUAGGGUGGUGCUCGAAAUGUAUUGGAAGUUUGGUGUAGUUUUUCUGAUCGCGGUACUGAUCUUUUCCGGUGGGAAAACUUUAGCGGAACGAAAUGUUCGACAGGCGUUGGCAAGUUCGUCAAAACCUCUUGUUUGCAUCCAGGAUGGGUGCAUUCGCGGAACCCAAAGAAGCGGGCUGGACAAUGGACCAUACGAGGCUUUUAUGGGUGUUCCGUUUGCCAAACCACCACUUGGACCGUUGCGCUUCAAGAAUCCAGUUCCGUUCGGUAGAUUCAAUGGAAUUUACGAUGCCGGAUUACCAAAAGGAGUCUGCGUCCAGAAAACGGAUCUUUUACCUCAAGCUGUGCUCAUGGGCAGUGAAGACUGUCUGUAUUUGAACGUCUAUCGUCCGAAGACUAGAGGUCAACUGUUACCGGUCCUAGUGUACAUCCAUGGAGGUGGUUACUUAGGCGGAACAGCUCAUCCGGGUGUUUUGGGACCGGAGAAGUUCAUGGACACCGAAAAAAUCAUACUGGUCACUUUUCAGUACCGGCUGGGAGUUUUCGGAUUCCUAUCUACCGGUGAUCAGGUGGCCCCCGGAAACUUCGGCUUAAAAGAUCAGCUACUGGCAUUGAAGUGGGUAAAGAAGAACAUCGAUAAGUUUGGUGGAGACCCGAAGCAGAUUACCAUUGCUGGAAACAGUGCUGGAGCAUCGUCUGUUCAGAUGAUGAUGAUGAAUCCUGCUGCUACGGGAUUGUUUUCUCGGGCCAUUAUGAUGAGUGCAAGUGCCUUGGCUUAUUGGAACGCUCCUAUCGACGACCCUCUGGGAUUGGCAAGGGCACAGGCCAAUGCGGUUGAAAUUCCGUCUGCUGCAACCCUUUCUUCGAGUGAUCUCGUAAGUGCCCUCCGAGAUAUCGACGCAUAUAAACUAGCCGGAAGUAUCGAUAAACUCAAGUUCUGGGACAGGCAUCCGCUAGCUUUGUACCAUCCGGUGAUCGAGACUUACAUCGAUAGUGAAACAUUUUUUAGUGAAGAUUGGCGUGUCAAAUGGGCUUCUGGUCGCUACAUCCAGGUACCGUUGAUGAUCAGUUACGUUCCAAAUGAAGGAAGCACCAUAGGUUUGAGGGCCGUUACGAAUGAUACUCUUUUUGAGGAAUUAGUUCAAAAUGCCCAAGUAUUUAUACCGAAGUUUGCUGGAGCAGAUCCAUCCAAACUACCGAAACUUAAGGAGCGGUUCUUUGGAGGCGUCUUGAAUCCGGCGUACAUAACCCAUGAAAAUGCUUUCCGGUUUGUCGAUAUGAUCACCGAAGCUGCUUUCAUGUACCCGUUGAUCAAAACUAUAAAACAACAUCAGCUCAAAGGAAGCCACCUGCUGGCUCCGAUUACCGUUUCAUUCUUCAACUAUCGAGGCAAGUACUCGUACGGCAAUGUGUACUCGGGAAUAGCUGCAGCUGACUACGGCGUCUGUCACCAGGAUGAGCUCAUUUAUCUCUUCCGUUCGCCGUUCUUUUUCCCCGAUUAUCAACGGAAUUCGCCGGACUGGCAGAUGGGACAAAAGUUGAUGGCUUUCUAUCUUGAUUUUAUCUAUAAUGGUAAAAUUACUCAGAGCAGCGAACCCGUGACGCCGUGUACCAUUCUAAAGUGUCCUAUUACCGAGUUUAAGAACUCUUCUGAUCCUAACAUUCCGGUGACCAGUUCGGUACGUUAUGGUUUGGAUGAGAAUUUGUACAAAUUUUGGAACGAAGUAUAUCAAGCUUAGGAUUGUUCAGUGAUAAACGAGAAGAAAAAAAAAUAAAUUUCGACCAAACUCUGUAGGAAAUAA